AUGAAGCUGAUCCUGUCUCUCACGCUCAUCUGGACUCUCUCCAGCAAAGCUGAAGCUCUUCAGUGUUGGGAUUAUUUAGGAGUAAACCCAAAGAGAAACUUCUUAUUUCCAUGUGAAUCUACUGAGCUUUGUGCCACCUUUCAAGAAUAUAUGGAUGGGCGUGCGAAUCAGUCCACCACCAGGAGGUGUUUUUCAUCCUCCCUUUUCAGUGAAGGACUUCACACAUUUUCACUUAGUCUUGGUCUUGGAACUUUGACAACAUCUGUUCGUGUGUGUAACACAGAUGGCUGCAACAUUGAAGACAUACCUUACCCGGGUGAUCUGAAGAAAAACGGUCUGAAGUGUUUCACCUGUGAUGAUCCAUCUUCCGUUGUGUGUAACAAGAUAGUACAGUGUAUGGGAGUGCAGGACCGCUGCAUUAAAAGGACUGUGCUUGGAUGUGUCUCUGCAAACCUCUGUGAGGAUGCUCGUCGCUUGGAGUUCUUCCUGGAUCUUAAAUCCCCUCGUAAACCAAAAUGUUGUGGAAGCAGCUUUUGUAACUCAGCCUGGUCUGUCAAACUCAGUGUGAUGUCUUUGCUGUUGGGACUCUUCACCCUUACCUUCUAUUAGAACUGACAGAAACCAUCACAAUAGCGAAAGCAGCUGUGUAAUGUGUGUAAGUAGACCAAAUACAUUGUUCAUCUUUUCAUUGAUUUACACAGUGAGAUUCCUUAAAAAUGUUGAAUAUUUUUAGCUUGGUGAAUAAUUAUUUUAAUCAUAACUGAAGCAUCACAUCCCAUUAAAAGACUCAACAACCAAUACAUUCUGAAUUUUCUGCACACAGUACCUCAAACACAAUCUGUUGUACACAUUUAUUUCAUUCUUUCUUUAUUGGAAACAAAGUGCUGGGUGGAGUGUUAAGAUCAGACUAAUGC